AUGAUUCAUAUAGACUCCAAAGAAUCACCAUUAUAUCAAGGUGAUCAUCUAACACCAGACGAUAGGCUUCAAAGACUCGUCGAACAAUCUAAAGCUAAAGCACGUUCUAUGGAGUCACAAAUAUUACUCCAGAGCAAUGCAACACACUCCAUGAAUCCUGAUGCUGUACGUUUACCCGUAGUUUAUGAUUUAAAGUCGUUUUAUGUUGCAAUGGUUGGUCUAGGUACGUUUCCCGGCCAACAGAAAACAUUCAUGAAUUAUUAUUUAAUGGUUGAUACAGGUAGUGAUCAAACAUGGCUUCAGUGUGAAGGUGCUACUAAAACUUUCAAACAAGAUAUGCCACUUUAUCCUGCCAGAUCGUCAACUACAUUUCGUAUUGUUCGUUGUAAUACGCAUCCUUUUUGCACCAGAGAUAGGUGCACUCGUGAUGGUGAUUGCACUUACCAAGUAACCUAUGGGGGUGGAUCAGAUACAUAUGGUGUUAUUGCCGAAGAAAUAUUCACUCUAGGCUCCGAUACUGCAAGUGGCUUCCAAAGUUUUCAAUUACAGAUGGGUUGUGGUCUUGUCCAACAGAAUUUCGAUAGGGAUGUGGGUAAUAAUCACCGAUUUGGCAAACCUGAUCUUAUUGCAGGAAUACUCGGUCUAGGAUCAGGACAAUGGUCUUUUAUAAGCCAAUUAGGUCCUGUUGGACAAGGGAAAUUUUCUUACUGCUUAGAGGCGUAUAACGAGAAAAUCGAAGGAUCGGAUACAUUUUUAAGAUUUGGUGCAGAUGCGACGAUUGGACACGGAGGCCAAAUAGUACACACAACUCCCAUUGUUGUGCCUGAGAAAUUUCAGACGUCGCUUUAUUACUUAAAUCUGGAAGAUAUCAGUGUAGGUACAAAGAGAAUAGGAUUUCCAAGAGGUACUUUCAAGCUUAAUACCAGCCGAGGAACAGGCGGUUGUAUCAUAGAUUCCGGUACUCCACUAUCAUUGAUGUAUAAAGGUCAUUUUCAUGAAGUCGCAAAUUUGGUGAAGGCACAUUUUAACGAGCUCGGAGUUGAAUAUAUUGGCAACGUAUACAGUUAUGAAGUUUGUUUUCGUCUACGGAGAAAUUUUGAUACUGCUAUGUUUCCUUCGUUAACACUUCAUUUUGAGAAGGCCGAUUAUGUUAUUUCAGAUUACAAAGCGAAUUUUGUGAUGCAAAAUUUUGAAACCGCUUGUUUAGCCAUUUUCGGUAAGGAUGAGGAUAUUUUUAUUUUAGGAGCUUAUCAACAAGUUAACAAGCGAAUUUUGCAUAAUAUUAUGGAUCAGUCACUCUCUUUCGCCGACGAGUAUUGCGAACUAGAUUCCUGA